AUGUCUGACGCAUCACCGCAGACGACCAACAAGUUCGUUACCGACCUCAACCCAAAGGGCAUCAAGCCUAGGCAGUAUGGGUGCCUCGAGUUUGAGAGAGGUAUCAUGUCACAUGAGAUUCGACUAGAGUCGUCUGCGUUUGACGCAGGUGCGGUUUCUGCGGAAGCCAAGUUGAUUAUCAAUCCGCGAAUUCGCCUGAGCCGAUGCGAGUUUGUGGCGUGGCUAAUCUUAUCAGCGAGCUUCGCCGCCAAGAAAAAAGUGCACCUUCCCAAAAAAGCCUCUUCAAUCUUCUCCACAAACAUGCACUUCCCGGAACCAAAUCCAACCGCCAGCCUACUGCUCUCGCAUCGACCACCUGCAGGCAAGGUGGCUUUGGUGCUAGGAAUCGGAAAGCUUGCAGCAUCGCGAUGCUUUGCCUGCCUCGAGGCUGGCAUCAAGCCCGUCGUCAUCAGCGUCGCAGCAUCCACUGACUCGCAAGCCGGCUCCUCCCAGUCCAAUCAGCCCUGUGCAGAGCUCAGUCACCGCAUUGCUUCCGAUCAGGUCAUUCAUCGUACUGUCGACCCUGGGUCCUUUUCGACGAAGCGAUCGGUCGAGUCAAUAUGGAACAGCAUACUCGAUUCGUUCGACGGCGAUGAUAACGCCAUCUUUGCCGUUUGCGUCACCGACACACUACACUCGGGUGACGAAGCCCUUGUCCAGCCGAAAGUCAGGACAACUGAAGGCGACGAUGGAGACGACCAGGCUAUCGCUGAGACUACCCUCACAUCGUACGCUCGAGCAGAGGUGAUCAGCCGGCUUUGUAGGAGGAGGCGGAUUCCUAUCAACGUCGCCGACAAGCCUUUUCUCUGUGACUUUUCCUUUCCCGCCAACUAUCGCUUCCCGUGUACAAGUCCAGUCGCACAGAACGACACAGCAUCGUCGAACUCUGCUCUGCCGUCAUCGUCCUCUCUGCAGGUCGCUGUCACAACCAACGGCCGUGGCUGCCGUCUCGCCGGCCGCAUCCGUCGAGAAAUCGUCUCGGCCUUGCCGCACAAUGUCGGAGAUGCCGUGGAAAAAGUGGGAGUGAUGCGCGACCUUGCCAAGAGACAGUCGGAAGCUCCUGGUACCUCAGCCAGUCUCAACGACACCGCGCCGUCCGGCAAGCGUGCCAAACGCCGAAACAAGAACGGAACAGCCGAGGUUGAAGAGGAAGAUCUUUCUUUCGACGCGACGCCGCUCAACAGCCCAGUGCCUCAGCUCACACCGAGGAAUCCGAUCGAGAGCAUCGGCGCCAGCGCUCGACUCGUGCAGCGCCAAGCCAAGCAUGAACAGGAGCUGCUGGAAGCUGAAGAGCGCACAAAGCGUCGAAUGCGUUGGGUCGCUCAGAUCAGCGAAUACUGGCCUAUCGAAUAUCUGGGAAACCUGGGCGAGCAGCAGAUGAAUGAAGCGCUUCGUGCGCAUGGUGAAGAGCAAUCCCAUUCAAGCGCGGUAUCAGCCGAGCCUGCUUCGUCGGCUGCCAAAGUGGAACAAGGACAAGAUGCAUCCAGAGGCCGCUCUACAGUCAUUCGCAGCAACGACGAUGCCCCCGCAGCAUCGGCCAAUGGGACAUCAACCGCAUCCGUGGCCCAUCGCGCUCGCUCUCAACACUCGCUCGACAUUCGACCUCCACAACCCGCCUCGGCUGGACGCGGUCACAUCUAUCUUCUCGGUUCAGGUCCCGGUCAUCCCGGCUUGCUGACCACUUUCGCCUACAAGCUCCUCACUUCAGCCUCCACCGACCUCAUUCUCUCGGACAAGCUCGUGCCCGCAUCCAUUCUCAAGCUGAUCCCUGCGAGCACACCACUGGAGAUUGCCAAGAAGUUCCCUGGUAACGCUGAGGGUGCGCAGUCGGAGCUGAUCGCCAAAGCGCUUCGUGCGGCCUUGGAGGAAGGCAAGACGGUGGUGAGGCUCAAGCAAGGCGAUCCGUUUGUGUACGGUCGAGGGGGUGAAGAGGUUCUGGCGUUUCGGAACGCGGGGAUUGAGUGUACGGUCGUACCUGGCAUCAGCAGCAGCAUCGCUGCGCCCGCCAUGUUGGGCAUACCGGUCACGCAGAGAGGUGCAGCCGAUUCACUGGUGCUCUGCACGGGUGUUGGAAAGGGAGGCAAGAAGGUCAAGCUACCCGGAUACGACAGGGGUCGAACGUUGAUCGUCCUCAUGGGUGUAGCACGACUCCGUGCCGUUGUAGCAACACUCACCGGUGGUGCACCCCAAUCAACAUCCUCGGGAGUCAUCACGGAUGAAGAGAGCAUCGGUGAUCGUGAAGGUGCAGUUUUCCCGCCGAACACACCCAUCGCCAUCAUCGAACGUGCCAGUUCCUCCGACCAGAGAAUGGUAGCUAGCACGCUGGAUGGGAUCGUGGAAGCGUUGGAGAAUAGCGGUGAACAGAGACCACCGGGGAUGAUGGUGAUCGGAUGGUCGGUCUUGAGUCUGGAAGGCAAAGGUGAUGUUUCGAUUCAGGAUGAUGCAAUCCAAGCAGAGAGCCAGGAGGAACUGGAGCGGAAGGAUAAGAGGAGGGUGGAGGAGUGGUUGAAGGGAAGGAGAUGGAUUGUGCGGGAAGGGCUGGAUGAGAAGUACAGGGCGGCGCUGAGCGCGUUCCAUUCGACGCCGUUGCAGUUCCCGGAUGCUGGGUUGCCGCUGCUGCAUGAUUUGGAGGAGAAGGGAAAGGGAGGUGGCAAUAAAGCAGAAGGGAAGACGGAAGCGGAGAGGUUCAGCUCACGAGACGAAAGCGGUUGGGCACCAGCACGCUACCCAACCGGCGUCCCGGAAGGCGGCUGGGUACCGGGUGAAGCACCCAACCGCCCAGCGACGGAUCUGCUAGCGUACGAACAGGAUAAGACGUAUGCCGAGAUCCAGGCGAGACUUCGACAAUGA